GGGUCUUUACCAGAAUAUCCGGCUCAUAACUUUGUACCUCCACUUUCUCUAUCCCUUCUAUCAUUCACUGUGGCGUGUGGCCGGUGAUGACGCGACGUUUGUGUGCUUUCUGGGUUCUAUUUUCUUUCUUAUUUAUCUAUCUAAUUUUUGUUCUCUUAUCAGCUGGUUUUUGUGAAAGUUUUUUUCUUUUUCCUUGUUUUUUUCCCUGGAAUUCGGUCGAUGUUUGCGGGAAGUUCGAGGCUUUUUUUCUUUAAUACUGAUCAUCACCAUAUUCUUCUGGCUUUGAAUUGUUAUAGGGAUAUUUCCAACAAUUUUUCAUCAGUUUUUUCUUUUUAUUAAAAAAAAUCUGCGGUUUUGGUCCUCUCUUCGCUGAUGUUCGUGUGGAUUGUCACGGGGUUUGCAUUUUGGUGUCCCUGAUUUAUUGAAGAUCUUUGGUGUGCGUCUAGGAUAAAGCUUAUGUUCAUCAUUUUCAUAUUAUGUUGAACUUGUAUUUAACAAGGCUAGCUGGGAAUUUCGUUUACGACUUGAAUUGCAGGAACUGGAUUGUUCAUUCUGAAUACCGAUAAUCUCAUAAUUCAGAAACCUUCUUCGGACCAUUUUGGAGAGUCAAGAUGGCUACUCGGACGAUGUAUUUCAAAGAACGUGAAGGGAUUGCCCACAAGCCUAUGGGGCAGCUUUCAGCGCUUUGGUGGAGCACCCUCCCUUCUCAAUCGAUUUAUGGGGAAUCAUGUGGCCAAUUGAAGCCUUUGUCCAUGGAACACGCCAGUGGUGGAGACCAACUGAUUGCCAACAAAGCUGCCGGGCGGGGUACCGAACAAGCCGCACGGGGGAGUAUAACUCAGUUCACUAUCUUUCCUGAUAAUUGCAAUAACUCAGGGGAUGGGGAAAAACCUCGGGCAGCCAUUUCUCUCCAAUCAGCUCUGACAGAAUAUCAAGGUCGUUUUGAGCUAGGAUUUGGUCAGCAUAUGAUCUAUGCAAAGUAUCCUUAUGUGGACCAAUGUUAUGGAGUCUUCCCAAGUUUUGGACCUCAGAUUUCGGGCCGUGUUAUGCUGCCAUUGAACAUGUCAACUGAUGAUGGACCUAUAUAUGUUAAUGCUAAGCAGUACCAUGGGAUUAUCAGGCGCCGGCAGUCCCGGGCAAAGGCAGUACUGGAGAAUAAGUUGACAAGAGUUCGUAAGCCAUAUAUGCAUGAAUCACGCCAUCUCCAUGCUAUGCGCCGACCAAGGGGAUGUGGUGGUCGUUUCUUGAACACAAAGAAUUCGAACAAAGUAAUGAGUGGAACUAAAGUGAAUAAAGCUGGCGAUGGACAAAUUCUUCAGCCCACUGGUUCUCCGAGUUCUGUCCUUGAGUCUGAUAGCGGUGGUACCUUAAACUCAUCAAGGGAUGCAAACGGAAGUGUUUCAAAUAUUGCUGGGUCUGAGGUGACUAGUGUAUUCUCUAGGAGAGAUCUCAAUCACUUUUCAAUCAAUCAUCUCAUUCCUUCUGUCCACUCUCUGCCGGAUGUGAUAAGUGGUGCACACGGCAUGGUUAUGCCCAGUAAGUGGGUUGCAGCACCAAACUGCUGCAACCUCAAAGUCUGACAGCAAGGGAUCAAGUGGAGUUGGUGCCAAUUGCACCAAUCUCCAUCCUUGCUGCAACCAGAUGGAAAAGCUUUAUUGCAAAGACUAGUUGUUGCAACAGGCUUUCGUUGAGAGGAUUGUCCCGACCCCCAUAUGGUUGUUAUCAUGGCAACUCAUCCUUGGCUCAUCUGCAUUGAGGUUGUCUUUCAACCAUUCCUUGCAGCCUUUCUGGCUUAAGGGUGGUUAGAGAUCCUUAAUGUAAAUGUAUUAUAGAUUAAAUGGAGUAGGUGAUAAAUAAGUCUGUUUCACUAAUUGAAUCAGAACAUCGAAGUCUGGAUAGGUAUUGAAGUGUGCUGUUUAAGUUUAAUAUCUAGUACGUCUAUGUCUGACUUUUGGUUUGAUGUAUUGUAGAACUGUGUGAUUGUGUUGUUAUCUUAUGCCACCUUGCUUUAGUCAAGAGCAUGGCAUUCGUGUUGUAAUCCAUAUUUGAAGCACUAUAAUGCAUUAUCCUAUUCUCGAUCUGUAGUUUUGAGAAAUGCUA